AACCAAUCAUUGCCCUUCUAGCUAGUGCCAAAUGGUUAUUGAUUGAUUUAUGGAAGGCUUGUACCACUGGCGAGAGAGUCUCGUGGAGUCACUUGAGUGUAGUCGUUGAAUAGUACUGUUUGGCUGCCACUGUCUGAACAAGACGGCUCUGGAAAGAUGCAUCCAACAAGCAACAAGCACCAGGCAACUGAAACGAGCGACACAAUAACACCAUCACAACAGUUCGACGAAAGACGACAGAGGAGUGGAGAAGUGGAGUGUUGCUCUGAUCCAAGGAAUUCAUUGGGUUGUCAUUCACUCAGUUGCUGAAUAGCUUCAUUGCUUCACUAGCUAGGCAAGGUCACUCUAUCUUCCCAUUCUACCAGAUACUAGCUAGUAGCUAGUAGCUAGUCAAGUCAAGUCGUGUCAAUUGAGGCGUGGGAGUUGAGUUGAGGUCUCAUCUGCUGCAUGCAUACGGUACUACUAUCUACGCUACCAGUAGUAGCUAUACCCUCAUUAUUCUGAGCUUGAGCUAUUAAGCUGUAUACCCUUCCAUUAAGCUGAUACCCAUCCAUUAAGCUGUAUACCCAUCCAUUAAGCUGGAGAUACCCACCCAUUAAGCUGCAUACCGGUACUGGAUACCCCUCUGAUACCCUCCAGAUACCCAUCCAUUAAGCUGGAUACCCCUUGAUACCCAUCCACUCAUUAAGCUGAUCAGAUCAUUGACUUCAGUCAGUCAAGUCAUGACCCACCAAAAGCUGCUGGACCUCAAGGUGUCCUCCUGCACUCAGGACUUGAAAAAUUUGAGCAAGAGUGGCAAUCACUUGAACAAGCAUGACAAUCAGCAUGACAAUAUGGUGGAACAAUCUCUGCAUGUCAAAGACCUGUACAGAUUGGAUGCCAUUGACCAAGCCAAGAAAAAAGCCAAAAAAGAAAAGAGAGAAAAGAGAAAGAAAAAGGAAAAGAAAAAACUUCAAUUGCAGUUGCGAAAGUUGAAAAAGGGAAAACACAAACAAUCUCUACCUGAAUCUCAAAAUGACAAUCAAAAUGACAAUGACAAUGAGUCCAUUGUCAGUUGGAACAGAAGCAAUUCCAACCUCAUCAGCACCAGUGCUAGUGUCAGUGCUAGUGCUUCAGGGGCAACCAUGGUGGCUUCAUCUUAUGCCAAGAGUUCACUUUUACUCUUAGAACAAUCUGCACAAACUGAUUAUCCAGAGGACACUGAAGAGAAUGACUAUCUGUUACCACCCAUUACCAACAAAAAGAAGAAGAAACCCAUUCCCCCACCUCCACCACCAACACAACAACAACCACCCAACACAAACAACAACACAAACAACAACAACUCAAAGUCAGAUUUGACUGAAGAAUCUCAAUCCAAAAUCAUGGAUGCUAGCAAAAUGACUGGAAGCAGUCGAAGGCGGUACCAUCUACAGCAAAGAGCUAGCCAGCUCAGGGAUGAAUCCAUGAAGGACGCUUCUGAUGUCACAUCUGCCACAGCGGCUCUUUCCAGCAGUCGAAACAUGGCAUUGGAGGACGGAUCUUCACAAAACAACCUACUACCGCGUUCCGCUGCCAAUGUCAAUGUCAAUGCCAAUGCCAACAAUGACAAACGGAAAAGCAGACGACGUAGAGCCACCAGUGCCGACGAGGCCAUGCUCUCCUACGAAACACACAUGUCGGGGUCUGCUACGGGGACCGGAAAGAGGACCAGUCGACGCAGUCGAAACAAGCCACAAGAUGCACAAGAUGCCUCGACAACAGGAGUUCGUAGAGCCAACUCUCAUGAUGGGACCACAGCUGCACCCAUUCGACCCCCUUCUUCCCGACGCAAGAACAAGGAUCUGCCAGUGACCAACAACAACCCCAACAACAACAACAACACGCCCGCGCCGUUUCGUAGAACCAAGACACAUGAUGGGACAACCGCGCUCUCUGGACAGAACAAGCAAAAGGACGAAUCCAACAACACAAAGACUGAGACUCCGGACAGCACCAGUCGAAGGAAAGACUUGCGACAUGCCAAGGGCAACAGUCUCCCGAAUCUCACCGAUCACAGCGAAGACAACGACAACGACAACGACAACGACGACAACAACCAAAAGCAGGAGGAAGAAACCAACAAGCAAAGCUCCUCUAACGAACGCACCAGUCGCCGCUUCCGAAUUCGAAAAGCUACACAGGAAGACGUAUCGGCGGUAGAGAAGGGCUUUGUCAAGGAUUUCAGAAUUCGAAAGGCUACCCCACAAGAUAUCUCGGCCGUCGAGAAGAGCUUCUUCCAAGACGAUACGGAUACCAAGCCCACCCCCGUGGUGGCGCCGUUCCGUCGUACCAACACUCAUGAUGGAACGGUGACACCUGUGACGAAUCGAGAGCGGUCGCCGUGUCGUGCUCGCGCAGACCAAGAACACAACCGUAGUGUUGGAGAUCUCAAGGACGGCAGACGCACUACUUUGAAAGGACGCGUCUUGCCACCCCCACCUCCGCCGCCAAUCUUUUCGCCGGGGUCGGAACAAGUCAAAGGAAAAGUCCUCGUUGUUGUCAAGAAGAAAACGAGUUCCUCCAAGGAGAACCAUAAACGAACCAGCAAGAGCAACGACCCACCAAAACUCCUUCAUUUGACCAACGAUCUAUUGUGAUGAAUCAGUGAUAGUCCGUGGGAUACUCCACGAAAUGGGUUGUACUGGAUUGGAUCCAGUCGUCCGAACAAUCUGGUGCCGGAGCUUUACAAUAAAAGGAGCCUCACGAAACAGAGAGAUAAUCCAAAUUAGUUGGCUACUUUGCCAAAAAGCAAACCAUCUGGUAGCACAGAAUCAAUCCCUGCGUUUUCAAGUGCUUAACAACAAGGUGGAACACAUCUGACCCAUUGACGCUUCUGGCGAUCGCACGCGGUCUUGGAUGUACGGAAUGAUCAAUCGAAUCUGACAAAACCUUGCUAAAAUGGUCGUUUCAUAAUCUUGUCAUCACUUUGCGGGCUCAGCGUGAAGCUACAUGUAGGAUCCUCUCCGGUCAUUCCCUUGUCAGUUGGAUUGUUGUUUGCCUCCAUCUGUCCCAUCCGAGUGUUGCGCUAAAGCGUUUCCACGACUUCCUGCGUUCUCCAUCGUACACUGCGAAGGUGUGGCAUUCGUUUCGUUGUCGUGGCCCACGGUUUGCUUGCCUUCCGUAGUAGGCAACAACAGGCUGGAGAGAACAGAGUCGAAGUUGGUUUCUUGUUCCUUCUCCGUUGUCACUGAACUUCCAGGAAUCAUUCAAUUUGGAGCAACAACAUACUUGAAUAUGCACGUUAUUAAAUUAAUUACUCUAGCUAGAUAGUCCAGGCUUCCGACGCAGCA